GGCUGCUCAAUGAAAAGAAAUGUUACAGGUUCACGAAUUGUCAAGGAAAUACGUCACACCUUUCGUACAGGGCAAAUGCUACUACUAGGCAUCGCGUAUGUCACUCAAAUUGUUUGAGUGUUCACUUGAAAAUGGAAGAAGACAAAAAAGGACACGUUGCUACGCCCAAUAACUCUGUAAUUUAUUCUGGAUUGGAAAAUGCUGAAGAAUGCAUGGCUCACUGCAUUAGAAACACAUCAUGCGUAUCAUCAUUCAAUGGCAAUGACAACAAAGAAUGUUUGAUUUACAACUCUUGCAGCCCAUGUUCAUCUAUAUACACAGUUGGCUUCAUUACAUACACAUGGAUUUGCGUAGACAGUGUCCAAUCAGGAUGCCCUGAACUACAACACAUCUUGCAUGGUUACGUGUAUACCUCGGGCUUGAACAUCGGGGACACUGCGUCGUAUGCUUGCGAACUGGGUUACACAUUACCAUCGUCAAGCACAAGGUUUUGUACAAGCAAUGGAACAUGGAAUUCUUCAGAACCUGCUUGUGACUUGAUAACGUGCCCGACACCACUUGCGCCAAUCAACGGGUCUUUAAUCCUUAAUGGAUCUUCUUUUCUAGACCACGCGAUUUACUUAUGCGAUAUUGGAUACUAUCUUAGCAGUUCUGGUAUAGCCACGUGCAAUGCUUCUGGACUAUGGGAUACGACGGCCCCAACAUGCAUUAUUCACGAUUGUGGCAAUCUAUCAAAUCCCGAUAACGGCUUCGUUAAUAUCGCCUCGACAACGUACGGCGCAAUUGCGAAUUACACUUGCGAUGCUGGCUAUAAUUUAAAUGGCAGUAACUCAAACACGUGUAAUGGAACAGGAGUAUGGAAUAGAAGGUCUCCAACAUGUACACUGAUAAAUUGCGGCCCAAUGUUAAAUCCGUCAAAUGGAAAUGUUAGUUAUUCCAGCACCACAUACGCCUCUGUUGCCAACUACUCAUGCAAUAUUGGGUACUUCUUGAAUGGAUCAAGAAGUACAAUGUGCGCUGCAGAUGGACACUGGUUGAAUUUAAACCCUGGCUGCACACUCUAUGACUGUGGGCCAUUAAACAGUCCAAAUAAUGGAACUGUAAACAUGACGAAUACUACGUAUGGAGCAAUAGCAAUCUACUCCUGCGACGCUGGUUAUUUCUUGGCUGGCUCUUAUAAUAACACAUGCAAUGCGACAGGUAAAUGGAACAAUGCGGCACCAGUUUGUUCACGUAUUGUAUGCGGUAAUAUUACAAUCACAAAUGGCUUGGUUUCCUACUCCGGUGCAAAAGCUUAUGGCGAUCAUGCAGAAAUCACGUGCGAUGCUGGUUACCAGCUUAGUGGUCCAUCUACGCGCACCUGCUUUGGUAUCUGGAGUCAACCAGAAUCUUCAUGCAUAGCAAUAGGUGCAACAACCCUUACUACUGCAAAACCGACCAACGUCUUAAAAAAUCUCUACAUCAUGCCCUGUAUUUGCAAUACAGAGGCUGAGUGGGGUAACUUGACAAACGAUGAGAUUAUCCAAAUUCUAGUCAAAGAACUGACUAUUGACCCGUCACAAACAACAGUGGAAAGAUCAAAGAGAGAAAGCAGGCAGGACCCCCGUGUAUCCUCGGCGAACAUGGGACGGCUUGCUAUUGCUGUCAUUUUGAUCAUAUUGGCAGCGGUGAUAAUCCCCGACCUGAUAACACUUUGGAGGGCACUGAACAGGUGGCGUAAUUAA